UCCAUGGCGCGGGAGCUGUCGUCUGCACUAUCUCGCUGCGUGCUCGGUCCUGGCGGGUCGGAAACGCGGUCCAGGGGUUCUCCCGCUCGCCGGCCGGUGUGGCCGGCGCGCUCUCCUCGACGCACGCCGCGCUCGCCCCUGAUAUCGGCCACGAAUCCUCAGCGACGGUGCGCUCCGCCAAACGCUCGACCCGCCCGACAGCCUCCAAACGGGGCGCGCCACCCGCAAACGGGGUGCCAUGUCGGGGCGGGCAGCGUUGAAUGACGCCAUGGUGGCGGAGGAGGAGAAGGCGAUCGUGGCGCGGCUGGCGGCGCUGCUGCCGGCGCUGGGCCUCGCGGCAUGCGUUCCGCGGCUGCCAAUCAAACGCAAGCUCCGCGACAACGACUACGCGCCCAAGCACCAGUCUGGCACAUCAUGAACGAACGAUCAACGACACGCGCGAGCGGCAAGGGCGGCAAGGGCUCCGGAUAUCGGCCAUGACUCCCCAGCAACGGCUCCUACCGGAGAAUCAUACCCUCCACGACACUGGCGUACACGGCGACGGUCCCGUGCACCGGCGCCGUGCCGAGCCGUCCUCCUGCUCGGCGACCAGCUCCGCCGUGUCUCGAUGCCGGCAGCAUCCGGUGCGUCGCCGCCGGCGACACCGCCCGCUGCGGCGAGUGGCAUGUGCGGUGGCGCGCCCUGCUGCGUGGCCGCCGCCGGCUCGGACGUGGCCGCGGCUGGAGCCGGGCCUGGGUCGGUCGCGGCCAGAGCCAAAAAUGGAGCGCAGCUAGGGCUGCGCAGCGAACAGGAGCGAGUUCGCGCUGCGGUGCUCAGUACGGCGAGUUCGCUCUGCGGCCUGCUCGGGCUUUAUCUCUCGCGUCUCGGCUGCGUUGGCGGCUGAAGUCUUUUUUAUCGGUGCGUUUUAGCUGUUUUAGCAGCAAACGUCCGAAUUCUGCAGCGAUGACCGAUCUGGGAGGCGCGAGUGCGACGAGAGGCUUUCCGCUUUGCCUUUUUUUUGGUCUGGCUGGGAAUUUGGUGCGAGAGACGGUCUCAGACCCAAAGAGAAUGCAGAAUCUAAUGUUUU